UCACUGCGGCGCGCCGGGCGCGCUCCUGCGGCGGCGGAUUCAAACGCUCGGGCCGGCGGAGGCCUCGGGCGGGAGGCAGCUGCCGGUCGGCGGGCUUGCGUUCGCUCUGCCCGCGGACGGUUGCUUCUGUGCGGCGCCGGGAGGACCUCGCCGGCCGCGGCGGCCGGUGCCUGAGGCGGAGCAUGGCGGUCGCGGCCACCAUCUCUCAGAGGAAGCGGAUCAAGCGCAAGGCUCCCCGCGGCUUUCUUAAGCGCGUCUUCAAGCGACAGAAGCCUCACCUUCGUCUGGAGGCCAGUUGCGACUUACUGGUGCAUCUGAACUGUUUACUGUUUAUUCGUCGACUGGCAGAAGAGGCCAGGACAGAUGCUUGUAAGAAUAAGUGUGGAAUCAUUAAAGACCAGCAUGUACUGGCUGCAGCAAAGGUAAUGCUAAAGAAGAGCAGAGGUUAGAAGUCAAAGAACACAUUUUUGAAAUUUAUAUGAUGAAUUUUUUUAUUUUAGUUGGUAAUAGAUCAUGAAAGCACUUUUAUAUAUUAGUUAAUAUUGUGUAUUAAAAUAUUGGCUGCUUGA